UCAUUCAACGCUAAGCCACGUCCUCUUACUGGACGUCUAACCAAAGGGAAAAACUGCAACGGGGCUAAAUAGAGGAGAGAAAAUAUAACAUAUCGUAUUUCCAGCAUCAGUCAUUUAAAAGUCGUUUUGAUUCACACAUUUACGAGAAGACCUCACUUCCUUCAUUUUUUUGCUAACUUUUUCACACUCUCUUCGGUGCAAGGCCGUGUGGGGAUGGAUGAGAUGCGGCCUAGCAGCGGAGCAGCAGCGCACCUCGGCCUCGCGUCGAUCUUUCCCCCGGGACUGCAGGCCAUUUACGGGGAAUGCAGACGCCUGUACUCCGACCAGGCGAAUCCGCUGCAAGUCACAGCCAUUGUGAAGUAUUGGUUAGGUGGUCCAGAUCCUCUGGACUACAUUAGUAUGUACAGAAAUGUGGGGUGUCCAGGACAAGACAUACCAGAACAUUGGCACUAUGUCAGCCUCGGUCUCAGUGACCUGUAUGGGGACAACAGAGUUCAUGAAUUCACAGGUCUGGAGGGCCCGAGCGGGUUUGGUUUUGAGCUCACAUUUCGACUUAAGAGAGAAACAGGAGAGACUGCACCCCCCACCUGGCCGGCAGAGCUCAUGCAAGGCUUGGCUCGAUAUGUGUUUCAAUCAGAAAACACAUUCUGCAGCGGUGACCACAUUUCGUGGCACUGCCCGUUGGACAACAGUGAGUCUAGAAUCCAGCACAUGCUUCUCACAGAGGACCCCCAGCUGCAACCUGUGCAGACCCCCUUCGGUCAUGUCAGCUACCUUCAGAUUGUAGGUGUUUGCACAGAGGAGCUGCAGGCAGCGCAGCAGUGGAACGGUCAAGGCAUUCUGGACCUACUGCGAGGGGUGCACAUUGCUGGGGGUCCGUGGUUGAUCACUGACAUGAGAAGAGGGGAAACCAUAUUUGACAUUGAUCCACACUUACAACAGGAACGAGUGGAUAAGGGCAUAGAGACGGACGGAUCUAACCUGAGUGGCGUCAGUGCCAAGUGUGCCUGGGAUGACUUGAGCCGACCUCCUGAGGACGAGGACGACAGCAGGAGCAUUUGCAUCGGGUCACAGCCCCGUAGGCUGUCUGACAAAGACACUGAACAGAUUAGAGAAGCCCUUCGGAAAGGACUGGAGAUUAAUAGCAAGACUGUGUUGCCUCCCAUCAGCAGUCAGAGGCAUGGUCACGAUCGGCCACAACAAUCAGUUGGACAUUUGCAGACCCAGCAGAACUCAAGAAGUCGUAAGGACAGUCUGGAGAGCGAGAGCUCAGCUGCUAUUGUUCCUCAUGAGCUGGUACGAACACGACAGCUGGAAAGUGUGCAUCUUAAGUUCAACCAGGAGUCUGGAACACUACUUCCACUGUGCCUCAGAGGUCGGCUUCUUCAUGGUAGACAUUUCACAUAUAAAAGUAUUAAUGGAGACACAGCAAUCACUUUUGUGUCCACUGGGGUUGAAGGGGCGUUUGCUACAGAAGAGCAUCCGUAUGCAGCUCAUGGUCCAUGGCUACAGAUUUUACUUACUGAGGAAUUUGUGGAGCAUAUGCUAACUGAGAUUCAGGAUUUGAGCUCCCAUGAAUCUAAGCUGCCGAAGGAGUACAGCUGGCCCGAUAAGAAGCUAAAGAUCUCUGUCCUGCCAGACAUGGUGUUUGACAGCCCACUGCAGUAAGACUUGGGAGUUAGCUGUCCCCCAGACAAACAUCUCUAGAAAGGAGCUCAACUCAAGGUUUUCUGUCAGGCCCACAUGCCUACAGACAGACGAAGGAAAUAGAUAAUGAGACUCAUCCCCCUUUCCAAGAACAUUGUGUGUUAUUGUAUUUUUGUCCAUUAUACCGAUUGUUUUUGAAUCAGUCUACCUAUUGGCUUACACCUUUUUAAGUGCAUCCUGAGUUUCACGUUUAUUCCCUAAUUUUUCUGGACAUGAAACAAGUCAGGUAGAUUACAUUGAGAUUGUAGCAGCACAACUUAUUGUGUUAGCACUGGUGCCUAAACUCGUUACAGGAUGGACUCAAGUGUCUUUAAUGUGCCCUUCUAGAUCCUGCUUCUAAUGUGAAGGAAAGCAUUCUAAGAAAUAAGCCUUUGUGAGCGAUUUCUGAGUAUCAACUUUACUCAACAAUUUGCUGAUAUAAAAAUACAAUAGUGCCUAAUUAAAGUUGAUGAUCUACGGGGAAAAUUAAGCCUCUUUGUUUUGUGUGACAAACAAUAGGUGAGGUUGGUUAGUUCACAUACAUAAUGCCAAAGUCUGUGUACAGAGAUUGUAUUUUCUAAACCAUGUGUAAUAUAAGGAUGAGAAGCACGAAAUUCUUCCGUAUUGAUUUUUUUUGUUUUACUUUCUUUUUACUGUUUGACAUGUAUUGGUAUUUCCUUGAGACUCGCAUUCCACGUCGCUUUGUAGGGACACAAGCUAACCAGGUUCCCAACUAGCAAUCUAUUUUCGCAUAAUGUGCGUUUGCUAUUUUCUAAGAUAUGUGCUCGGUAAUAGGUCAAUGUAAAAAAGAACAUCUAUUAGUGCUUAUAAAAUAUGAUUUUAAGUGUUCUGUCGUUUUUAUAUUCAGGAGAAUCACUACACUGCCUGUGUUUUUGUUACAAUUAUGUGCAUUAAAGUUAUUUACAUAAAUGGGA